AAAUUGAAGUCAGCUGUUUUUUCAUUUGUACUGAUUAGAUAGGCUGUGAAUUUUGCUCCUUGAACCACAGUAGUUACCAGGCCUAGGUGAGGUUUUAAUUGGAAGCAGAAUGUCGUCGAACCUGUUGAGGACCAUCGCUAAGAUGCAGAAGAGGUUUGGCUCCAGUUCAGCCUCUGUAGAAAGUUCGGUUAUUGGCGCUAGGGAGAUAGUAGGUUUUGGAUUCAAUGGAGUGCCGAAUUAUGUUGAUAGACCUGACUUUCCUCUACCAGCCAUUAGAUUCAGGGCAGAUACAGCUGAUAUCAAAGCUUUGCGUGAAAAGGAAAAGGGAGAUUGGAAAAACUUAACACAAGGAGAAAAAAAAGCUCUAUACAGGGCAUCAUUUUGCCAAACAUUUGCUGAGAUGAAUGCUCCUACUGGAGAAUGGAAAUCAAUUGUUGGCUUAGCUCUUUGCUUUGGUUCGUUGGCGCUUUGGGCAUACAUGGGUAUGAAGUUGUUUGUUUACAACCCGAGCCUUCCAGAUUCUUUUAAGGAGGAAAACCGUCAAGCACAGCUUAAGAGAAUCCUAGCUUUUAAAAUGAAUCCUGUUGAUGGUUUAUCAUCAAAAUAUGACUAUGAAAACAACAAGUGGAAGUAAACUGGAAUGAAAUUUUUGAGUUAUAAUUAGUAACAAUUAUAAACUAUGUGCUGUAAAUGUAUAUAUAUCUAUCAAAUAUUUCAUAAAUAAAAAAAGCAAUAGUUAUUUUAGUUUUUAUGUUUCACAAUAUAAUGAUUAAGUAU